AAAAAAACUAAAGCUUCAUAUAUAUAAAAGAGACAAAAUCGAUCGUCAGUCAUUUUAUGAUCGUGUUGGAGCGAACCUAAUACGAAAAAGUUUGUUUUUGAACGGCGCUCUGCUUUCAAAGGGUACACUAGAUUUCUCGUGUUUUUCGGUUAUUUUUUUUAUCAGGUCCGGCACAGAAACAUUCGUUACCCUUUGAUAAUUUUAGAGCAGUGUAUCGUUGUGUCGGUCGACCAAGGUUACUGUAAAUCUAAGUGCUGUUAAGUCAUUUUCGCAAGGAGCAUGAGCUGCGAGGUGUGUCAAAAACUAUGGGAACGAUUCCUGGAUGAGACCGGUGCGAGCUGUUUUGUGCUGUGGACCUUUGGAACAACUCUUUUUAGUCUUCUGGUGGUGGUCGUAGUAGCAGGGCUGUUCAUGUUCAUGGAUGUUACCAAUCUACCAAAAUCGAUGAGAAAGUACAAAAUUCAACCGGGAACUAAUGAACCACUGACUAGUGAGCAACUUAGGAAGGUUGUGAAAACAGCAUUUAUCAACAUGGUGUUAGUGGGCAUACCAACACUAGCGUGCUUCCACAAGUUUUCUUCUAUAACCGGAAGAUUACCGGAUCUUCGAAUAUUACCCACAUUCAUCGAAAUUCUGUACACGAUUCCAGCUGGCUUAUUAGGCUUUGAAUUCUUUUUCUACUACAGUCACCGAUUGUUUCACUCGAAAUACUUAUACAAAUCAUUUCACAAGAAACACCACGAAUGGACUUCCCCGGUAGCCUUGGCAGCUGUGUACUCUCAUCCAUUAGAACAUGUUAUCUGUAGCAUGAUACCGCUUUAUCUGGGAGUCUGGCUUACCAAGGCGCACCUAAUAUCGGCCUGGGUUUGGGUGGCAAUAGCACUGACCGGAACGUUGCACGACCAUUCCGGAUAUCACCUACCCUUCAUUAGCAGCUCUGAGGCACAUGAUUUUCACCAUCUGAAGUUCAACCAGUUCUACGGAGUUCUUGGUUUUCUCGAUUGGCUACACGGAACAGACGAUCUGUUUCGCCAAUCUAAAUCUUCCAAGCGGCAUCGAAAUCUGCUUGGAACACGUUCUGCGCGAGAGGUUUUUCCGGACGAUUGAAACAUUCAUGGAAACUAUGUGGUAUCAGUGCAGUUCUUCAAAAAAAUU